CAGGAGGAAUAAACGUUUCACCCUCCUUCUCUUUCGUUGCCACUGCAUUUCACUUUCUUUCUGCAUUUCCUGCAGGUUGUCCGUCGCCUAUUACCAACGGCCAGGUAGCCAGGUCCAAGCUCCGUCCCUUGAAUUCAGAGACUGGAAACAAUGGCGCCGCCCUGCUCCUCUGCUCUCGUUCUUCCUUGCCUGCUUGUCAUAGCCAUGGCCGCUCUGCAAAGUGCUGUGGUGUUUGCCGAUACCGUCACUGCCAAACGCCCGUUGUCCGGCAGCCAGAGUGCACUGGUGUCCAAGCGUCGCAAGUUCGCGCUCGGUUUCUUCCAGCCAGAAAAUUCACAGCAUUGGUACCUUGGCAUCUGGUACAACCAAAUUUCCAAACACACACCUGUCUGGGUUGCAAACAGGGGCACUCCAAUCUCGAAUCCGGACACCUCACAACUAACCAUAGCAACCGACGGCAACAUGGUAUUACUCGACAAUUCAACAACUGCAAUUUGGUCCACGAACAUCUCCAAGAUCGCCUCCAACUCCACGGUCGGUGUCAUCCUCGACACCGGCAACCUUGUCCUCGCAGACGAAUCGAACACCUCCAUCAUCCACUGGCAGAGCUUCGACCAUUUCGGCAACACCUGGCUCCCCGGCGGCAAGCUCGGCCGGAAUAACAAGCUCGCCGGCGUGAGCACCCGUCUGGUCGCAUGGAAGGCUCGCAAUGACCCAUCUCCAGGCGUCUUCUCCCUCGAGCUGGAUCCGAAUGGCACGAGCCAAUACCUGCUCGAAUGGAGCAUCACGCAGCAGUACUGGACGAGCGGCAACUGGACUGGCCGCAUAUUCGCCGACGUGCCGGAGAUGACGGGAUGCUACCCGAGCUCGACGUACACCUUCGACUACGUCAAUGGCGAGAACGAGAGCGAGAGCUACUUCGUGUACGACCUCAAGGACGAGUCCGUCCUCACGAGGUUCUUCCUGAGCGAGAUGGGGCAGAUCCAGUUCUUGACAUGGAUCUACGCAGCCAAGGACUGGAUGCCGUUCUGGUCUCAGCCCAAGGUGAAGUGCGACGUGUACUCGCUGUGUGGCCCGUUCAGUGUCUGCACCGAGAACGCACUGACAUCUUGUAGCUGCCUCCGGGGAUUCAGCGAGCAGAACGUUGGCGAGUGGUUGCAGGGAGAUCACACUUCAGGGUGCAGAAGAAACGUCGAGCUGCAGUGUAGCAGCAAUGCCUCAGUGAUGGGGAGGACUGAUGGUUUCUACACGAUGGCCAACGUGAGAUUACCAAGCAAUGCAGAGAGCGUGGUGGUCAUAGGAAAUGAUCAGUGUGAGCAAGCAUGCUUAAGAAGUUGUUCUUGCACUGCUUACUCCUACAACGGCAGCUGCUCACUGUGGCAUGGAGACCUCAUCAACCUGCAGGAUGUGUCUGCCAUUAGUAGCCAAGGAAGCAGCACUGUUUUGAUUCGCUUGGCCGCUUCAGAAUUGUCUGGCCAGAAGCAGAAGAACACCAAGAACUUGAUCACUAUUGCCAUCGUUGCUACUAGUGUUCUAGUACUCAUGAUAGCUGCUUUGUUUUUCAUCUUCAGAAGAAGAAUGGUAAAGGAAACAACAAGAGUGGAAGGUUCCUUGAUAGCAUUCACAUACCGUGACCUGAAAUCUGUGACCAAAAAUUUCUCCGAGAAGCUCGGGGGAGGCGCAUUCGGUUUAGUGUUCAAAGGGUCGCUACCUGAUGCGACCGUGGUGGCCGUGAAGAAGCUCGAAGGUUUUCGUCAGGGGGAGAAGCAGUUUCGCGCGGAGGUGAGCACGAUCGGCAACAUCCAACACGUCAACCUGAUUCGAUUGCUCGGGUUUUGCUCGGAGAAAUCGCGAAGGCUACUCGUCUACGAGUACAUGCCAAACGGUUCACUGGACAAGCAACUUUUUGACAAUAAAAAACAUGUCCUGAGUUGGAACACGAGGUACCAGAUUGCUCUUGGAAUCGCGAGGGGAUUAGACUACCUCCACGAGAAAUGCAGGGAUUGCAUCAUACACUGCGACAUCAAGCCAGAGAACAUACUGCUCGAUGGCUCGUUUGCACCCAAGGUCGCCGACUUCGGGCUCGCCAAGCUCAUGGGCCGCGACAUCAGCCGCGUGCUGACCACGGCGAGGGGCACGGUGGGGUACAUCGCGCCGGAGUGGAUCGCCGGCACGGCCGUCACGGCGAAGGCGGACGUGUUCAGCUACGGCAUGACGCUGCUCGAGAUCGUGUCGGGGAGGCGGAACGUGCAGGGACGACGGAGGAGGCAGGAGCAGCAGGACGACGGCGGCGCGGCGGCGGACCGCCCAUUCCCGUUGGUGGCGGCGGGCAGGCUCGUCGGCGGCGGCGGAGGCCGGCGGGAGGAGCUGGUCAGCGCCGUGGUGGACGGCCGGCUCGGCGGCGACGCCGACAUGGGCGAGGCGGAGAGAGCAUGCAGGGUGGCGUUCUGGUGCAUCCAGGACGACGAGAACGCGAGGCCGGCCAUGGCGACGGUGGUGCAGGUGCUCGAAGGGCUCGUGGAGAUCGGCGUCCCGCCGAUUCCGAGAUCACUUCAGUUCCUCGCGGAGUUGGCCGAUCAAUCAAAUUACUUGCAGUUCUUCUCCGAUUUAUUACCGUCGAAUUGAGGUCCUUGCAGGUGCAGGCUUGAGGCGAGCCUGGGCUUGGCCUGUCAAAGCCCAGCUUCUAUGGUCAAAGCUGGGUCUUUCAACUUUGUCGUUGACAAUGGUUCUCUCUCUUUCCGUUGCUGUUGUUUUUAACAGGAUUUUUUUUUUGUUUUGGCGAGCAGACAUUGGUUAUGUUGUAUAUUACCGUAUUCUGAAAGAAGGAAAAUAUAUUACCGGUUGUAGUUUUUCUUCAUAACAAUCACCGGAUUUACUAAA